AUGGAUGAUAAUAUCGAGAAUAAGGAUUCAACCAUUAUUGACCUGGUCAACAAUUAUGACUGGUCGACGACAUCGCUUGGUCCUAUGGACUCAUGGAAUCCUGCACUCAAAAAUGCUGUG